ACAGGUGAAAUGGUUGGUGAGGUCAAGGCUGUGGCGGAUAUGCAUGAGAGGAAAGCCGAGAUGGCCCGCCACUCCGACUGCUUCAUUGCCCUACCAGGUGGGUAUGGAACUCUGGAGGAGUUACUGGAAGUCAUAACUUGGGCUCAACUUGGCAUCCAUGACAAGCCCGUGGGUUUGCUGAAUGUGGAUGGGUGCUAUAACUCCCUGUUAACUUUCAUUGACAAGGCAGUAGACGAUGGCUGCAUCAAACCUUCUCAGCGUCACAUCUUUGUGUCUGCCCCAAAUCCCAAAGAGCUUGUUCAGAAACUUGAGGUGGGAUUUUGACAUUUUGUUUCUAAUCCACUCUUUUAGUCCCUCUUUAAAUUCCUCAUCAAUUCUAGCGGGCAUUUUUUGAGAUGGGGAAAAUUGGGUGAGAAUCAGAAAAGGGUCUUCACAGAUUACCAUAUUGGGUCUUAUUAUUCAUCAGUGUUCCCAGAGCAUCACCAACACGGUGCUCCAAAUCCCUCCAUCAACCACACAUUCUUGUUCGACUCACAAGCAAAUGUGUAUAAACUCCACAUAAAUGUGUGGUACCAAGUGGUCCGCAGCAGCACAUGUCUGUGCUUCGAUACCACUGAGUACUCCCAUAUUUGAGUUUAUUCAGGAUCUUGUAUUUCCUGACAAAAUGGUAUUGGUGUCCACUGUGCACUAAUGAUAUACUAGUCUUGUUUGUUUUUGGUUUUUGUGCUAGGAGUAUGUGCAUGUACAUAAUGAAACCAUUGCUAGUCUGGACUGGGGAGUUGUGGUGGUGCAAGAUGCUGCAAGGGAGUCUCAAACUUCCGUGGACGAAAACUUGCUUUAGAAAUUGAGCUAAAGAUCUCUGUAUUUCAGAUUUCUCAUUUUCAAAUGGAGCGUAACAAGUAACAACCAACCAAACUUUCAUAGUAAAGUUUAACAAAAUUCCCAAUUUACAGGACAUUUAACAACCAACCAAGCUUCCGUAUCCUGGGAUUAUUUCUCAUUGUUCAACCUAUACAGGACAUUAUCAUCAUCCAUCAUUGAAGGAAUUUAUUUGAAAUGGCACGACUUAAAACGGCACAGUCCGACACGAUUAAGUAAAUGGGCCGGCACGUCUUGACAAGAUUGAAAACGGCACGACACGACAUGAUUUAAGAAAACGGGUCGGCACAACACGAUUUAAGAAAAUGGGUCGACACGA